AUGACAUCUUUGCCACCGUCUAUUCUGCUCGUGCAAGUUGGCCUCACACUCGUCAUUGUCGGAGUUCUGGCAAAGCUUCGUGUACGGCAACCAUUUCCAGUGUCUUCUAUGCCCGCAGGUACAGCAUUUCGUCCAGGUAUCUUAGUGAUCAUCGAAGAUGUCGUUGCGGUGGACGGGGGCCGUGGCAGGGCAUACCGUUCAGCGCUAAUGGAAAGUCAGACCUUUGCGUUUGGGCUGGGUGUCUGGGCAGUCAUCACGACUUACUGGGUGAAAUCUGCGCUGAGGGAAGAGAAGCUUACCUGGUCGGAGAGCCAGAAAGUCGGCGCUGUGCUUGUACCCAAUUCCUGGGCCGUGGAGUUGGAAAGAGCUGUCGAGGCUUGGCUUAGCCUUAAUGCAUAUGUACACUGCCCUCGAGUAGCCAAGGGUAGCACAUUGACAGAUUAA